AUGAGGACCAGCAGCAGCAUCUCACGCAGCCUGGGCGCUCUGCGUCUCCAGGCUGUUCAUACGCCCAGAGCACACGCCUCGAGAGCAUGGCACAGACAGAUGCACGCUGCUGCCGCCGUUGUUGAGGACAUCCCUCUGCCGCAAACCCCUCCCCCUUCCUCGGCCGCCACGAGUCACAACACCACCGCAACGACAAAACAUGACGCGCAGCGCAUCUUCCGCGACGCCCUGGCGGCGACGGAACCCAGGAACACCUGGACGCGGGAGGAGAUCUCGGCCAUCUACUACCAGCCCCUCAUGGACCUCGCCUACCAAGCGGGCUCUGUCCAUCGACGCUUCCACAACCCCGCCGAGGUGCAGCUCUGCACCCUCAUGAACAUCAAGGUUGGCGGCUGCAGCGAGGACUGCUCGUACUGCGCGCAGUCGACACGAUACCAGAAGGAGACCAAGCUCGAGGCCAAGCGUGUCGAGACUGUCGAAUCUGUGCUCGCGGCGGCGGCCAAGGCCAAGGCCAACGGCAGCACGCGUUUCUGCAUGGGCGCGGCGUGGCGCGACAUGCGCGGUCGCAAGAACAGCCUGCGCAACAUCAAGUCGAUGGUCGAGGGCGUCAAGGGCAUGGGCAUGGAGGUGUGCGUGACGCUGGGCAUGAUCGACGCCGAGCAGGCGCGCGAGCUCAAGACGGCCGGCCUGACGGCCUACAACCACAACGUCGACACGAGCCGCGAGUUCUACCCGUCCGUCAUCUCGACGCGCACCUACGACGAGCGCCUGCAGACGCUGUCCCACGUGCGCGACGCCGGCAUCAGCGUCUGUUCUGGCGGCAUUCUCGGCCUCGGCGAGACCUCCGAGGACCGUGUCGGCCUGCUUCACACCGUCUCCACGCUGCCGAGCCACCCUGAGAGCUUCCCCGUCAACGCUCUCGUGCCCAUCAAGGGCACGCCUCUCGGUGACCGCGAGCCUGUCAAGUUCACCGCCAUGCUGAGGACCAUCUCUACCGCCCGCAUCCUCAUGCCCGCUACCAUCAUUCGCAUCGCUGCUGGCCGCAAGACCAUGUCUGAGGAGCAGCAGGCCAUGUGUUUCAUGGCUGGCGCCAAUGCCAUCUUCACCGGCGAGAAGAUGCUGACCACCGACUGUAACGGCUGGGAUGAGGACAACGCCAUGUUUGGCCGCUGGGGCCUCGAGCCCAUGAAGAGCUUCCAAAAGUCGAAGCAGCCCUCCGCCGAUAUCGGUAUGGCUGCGUGA